AUGUACCGAUCUUUCUCGGAACUAUCUCAACGGAACAAUACCUACGACUUUGUCUCGAAUCCCGCUUAUGAUAUUAUCUUAUCUUGCGUUCUUCAGACCAAAAUUGAAGAGAUUCUGAUAUGUGAAAAUGAUUGCAGGAAUUUGGAAGCUAAUCUAUUCACAGGACCACUUCCUUCAAGCCUAGGGAACUUAACAAGAUUAGGACGAUUGCUUCUCUCUGCAAACAACUUCACCGGUCCAAUCCCUGAGUCCUUUGGCAAUCUCAAGAACUUGACUGAUUUUCGGAUUGAUGGAAACUUUCUAUCUGGGAAGAUACCGGAUUUUAUUGGGAACUGGACUCGGCUCGUUAGGCUGUGA